AUGUCUCCUGUACGUGUUUCCUUGGAUGAUCUCAAGAACGGCAAAUGCGAUGGACGCCUGCUCGAAGCUUUUGGACCUGAGUCUCUCGGCGUACUUAUCAUUGAUGGUCUAGAUGCAAACUUCGCCCACCUCCGGCAGUCAGGGCUAGAAAAGUCCCGCGCCCUGGCCAACUUGCCUGUCUCCGAGCUGAACAAGCUGGAAGUGCCAGAAAGCAAAUGGGUAAUUGGCUGGUCCAGAGGACGCGAAACUCUUGAGAAUGGAAAGCCGGACAAAAACAAGGGCUCGUUCUACGUGAACUGCAACUUUGUAAGAGAUCCUUCUAAUGAAGGGCCUGAUCAAACCACCGUCGAGAACUUCCCUGACCUGAAAGCGUACAUCCACAGCAAUGUGUGGCCAGAAGAGUCCGUUUUGCCCGGACUGAAACACGAUCUGAAGGAAUUGAUUGCGUACAUGGUUGGUGUGACAAGUACGGUAGCAGAGGCUUGCGAUCGUGCAGUGUGCGAUCAACUGGUUGGGCUGGAAAAGUCCUUGAAGCGUAUUGUAGACGAAAGUGACUGCCACAAGGCCCGUCUGCUCCACUAUUACGUCCCGGAAGACGCGAAGGAACCUUGGUGUGGUGACCAUUUGGACCACUCCUGUUUGACGGCACUGACAUCCGCCCUGUGGGGUCCCGGUAAAGCCACCGACACUGGCGACGCUGGACUGUGGAUCAGAUCGCGCACAAGAGAGCCCGUUCGCGUCGACAUUCCCGAAAACUGUAUUGCAAUUCAGACCGGAUCAUGUCUUGAACAGCUGACAGAGGGCCGAUUUAAAGCCGUUCCUCAUAAGGUUACUGGUAAUCCUGCAUUCUGGCGCUCCACCCUGGCCGUCUUUUGCCAGCCGCGUCUUGGAGACAGAGUCGGAGACGAGAACUUUGCCACGUUCGCUACAGAGACAAUUAACCGGUUCAAUGCCCAAAUCUAG